AUGACAAUCAUCGUGGCUCUGGUUUUUCUUAUCUUAUCAUCAGUGGUAGCCGAGUCGGGAGCUCAUGGGGAAUUGCGGAGAAUGACGGAGAGACUAAGCUCUCCAGACGGCCGGGGGUUCACAUUUUUCAGCAUUGGGGAUUGGGGCGAUCAGGAUACUACUCAUGCUUCAGCGAACGCUGAGCAGAUGAACUCAAUCGUCGGGAAAAAAGUUAAAGGAGCAACGCAGUUCAUAGCAUUAAUAGGGGAUAACUUUUACGAGAACGGUGUAUCGAAUUGGGACGAUCCACAAUUCGAGAAUACGUUAGAGUCUCAAAUGAAUUUCGGUUAUGACCUUCCGUGGUACGCCGUCCUUGGUAAUCAUGAUUAUCGACAAGACGCUCUAGCGCAAGUUAUUCGCACUCGAAUCAAUCCGAGUGCCCGAUGGCAGAUGCCAGCACGCUACUUCAGUCCCCCCGUUUUCCACCGUGGCCUUCUCGUCUCGGUAUGCGCGGUGUUCAUCGACACGCAGGAUCUCUACCAGGACGGGCAGCUAAGAUUCUUACGUGGCCGUCUCGCUUCACAAGAGUGUCAGGAGGCAACGUAUAUCGUGGUCUUCGGUCAUCACCCAGUUUAUAGCGUUGGCUGGCAUGGUGAUAACGACAAUAUGAUUCGAGAUGUUCUACCUCUGCUCAAACGGUAUUCAGUUGAUAUGUACGUCGCGGGGCAUGAUCACGAUUUGCAGUGGCUGCAGGAAGAAUCGCUUUCGUUCGUGGUAUCGGGAGCUUCGUCGAAGAAACGCCAGACGAACUACAAACCUGAUGAGAAGCAACUCGUUUGGUCUCAAGGAAACGUUCAUGGCUUCACGCGUCAUCUUGCGACGAGUUCAAACCUUGUCACGGAGUUCAUCGAUUCUGAUAGCGGUGCUGUUCUCAAGUCGUUUUCCAUACCGGCACGAAGUCAACCUCGCUCCUCGAGCUGUCUACACUGCGAAAGCCCCUUCCUGAAACAGGAGGACUUGGCUGGCGUCAUCAAAGCUUCUCUCAGUCCGAGAAUGCCCAACAUGAACGUCAGUAUUUACAUUGUCAUUGCUAUUGUGUUACUCAGCUGUGGUUGUGGCGCGCUCCUCGCUAAACGUUGUUGCUCGAGCGAACCUGUCCGUGAUGCGUCGCCGGUCGCGGUAGUCGAUCACGGUCCUUCUCGUGGCACAGCCUCCAGCACAGCUUCCUCGGGAUGGAGGAUAUUCCCUAGCAGGCGUGUGAAACGGAGCAAAUCUGAAAUGCCAGAUGAACGUACUCCCUCGAGCGAUAUUGGUCGAGCUAUGUAUCCCACCUCCGGAGCGAGAGAUAUUGAGAUGGGCGGGGCCAACGUGGGUCCGGCGGAGUGAGAGUUCAACCACUUCCUUAUACUGUAUAAUCUGCAACAGCC